CCCCGCCCACCGCCCUGCUCGUCAGCUAGGAAAACCCCGCGGCCGCCGGAAGGAGGCCCUCUCUCCAGGAUCCGCCAUUAGCAGGAGGUGGAUCCGGCGCCAGGAUGCAGAUCUUCGUGAAAACCCUCACGGGGAAGACCAUCACCCUCGAGGUUGAACCCUCUGAUACUAUUGAAAAUGUCAAGGCUAAGAUCCAGGAUAAGGAAGGUAUUCCUCCUGAUCAGCAGAGGUUGAUCUUUGCCGGCAAGCAGCUGGAAGAUGGCCGCACUCUCUCUGAUUACAACAUCCAGAAGGAGUCCACCCUCCAUUUGGUGCUGAGGCUCCGUGGUGGUGCUAAGAAGAGAAAGAAGAAGUCUUACACCACACCCAAGAAGAACAAGCAUAAGAGAAAGAAGGUCAAGCUUGCUGUGCUCAAGUACUACAAGGUUGAUGAGAAUGGAAAAAUCCACCGCUUGAGGCGUGAAUGCCCAUCAGAUGAGUGCGGCGCUGGAGUCUUCAUGGCCAGUCACUUUGACAGGCAUUACUGUGGGAAAUGCUGUCUGACAUACUGCUUCAACAAGCCUGAGGACAAAUAAAUGUACAUGUGUUGAUAAUAAAAAAAAGUCCACCCACA